AGGGACCAUCAAAGCUGCAAGUCUACAACAGAAAUUUUUUAUUUUUUAAAUUAAAUUUUCGUUUAUUUUCCUUUUUCUUUCUAAACCCAAAGUCCAAAAUGUUUACAUUAUGAUUGCAUGGUUCAAACUAUUUAAACCAAGUUUGGUUUUCCAAAUGUUAUUUCUUCUUGUGGAUUUGUUGCUGCAAUUUUAUAGAAUCAAAGGAGAGCAUAAGUAGUUGCUGAACGUACACUGUCACAUGCAACAAAGGCAAAAUCUGUCCCCCUGCACUGUUCCGAGCAAUAUUCUGAGAAACAGUUUCCUGAACAAAUCAGAUGUCGGCUUUUCCUUCAUCACAUGCAAAAGCAGAGAAAAAGAGACAGAGAGAGAGAAACAUGGAAGACCAACAGAAUUGGAAAGGGGAAGCAGAGGAAGAAUGUGAAAUAAAUGAGCUGCUAUGUAGUAUUAUGGAAGGUUAUAAUGACAAAGUGAUACCUCCAUUGUCACAAUUCUCACCGUCGCGACAGGCUGCUGCCGCCAUUGUUGAGGAAAAGGGUUCUAGCUCGAGGGAACGUGGCAGGGCGAAAGAAGCUGAAGAAAUGACUGAGAGCUUGAAGAAGGAAAGAGAUAGGAGGGAGAAGAUGGCUGAGAACUAUGUUCUUCUUCAGUCUAUGGUCCCUAAUCUCUUCCCUAAGGCUACAAGAGAGACGAUUGUUGGUGAAACGAUUGCAUAUAUCCAAUCUCUUGAGAAAGAGAUAACAAGGAUGGAAGAGCUGAAGAAUUCAUCUGAGUCAUCGAAAGGGAAGAUGCAUCUGUAUUCCAACAGGAAGUCCUCAAUCGAUGUCACUGUCUCCAGCAACGUCGUUUUCUUUGGGAUUCAAUCAAUGGUUCGACCAAGACUAGUGACAGACAUUUUCAUGGUACUCCACAAGCACAAGGCCGAGGUUUUGGCGGCAAAUGUUGCGGUUAAUCAUAGGCAAUUAACAUUAACUGUUACAGCAGUUGUCAGUGGGAACAGAGACGGAACGAUUGAGAAGAUUAAGGGAGACAUACUGAUUUUAUAGGCUUGAGACCAGGAGUUUAAGAAAUUUUAUUAGUCAUAUAAAAACCAUAUAAUUCAAAAAAAAAACUUAAAAUAAUUAUUCAUUUAUUAUUUAAAGGGUCUCAGAAAUUUAAUUUUAUAUUGUUAUUAAAGCCAUGAAUUUAUUGUUUAAGGAAGUCUCGACAUUGCAUUUUAGAAUCCCAAUUUGUUUUAAUAG